AUGCUGAUGGAAGGCUUCCUUCUGCUUCAUCAGAUCAUUUUCUAUGAGGACAGAAAUUUUGGAGGCCAUCACUAUGAGUGCAUGAACGACUGCGCCGACCUCCACUCAAUGUUUGACCACUGCCGCUCCAUACGCGUGGAAAGCGGCAUGUUCAUGAUCUACGACCAGCCCGAGUUCACAGGGAACCAGUUCUUUAUGAGAACGGGAGAGUAUUCUGAUUACAUGGGAAUGACUGGAAUGAACGACUGUGUACGGUCAUGUCGCAUGAUUCCUUCGCACAGAGGCAACUUCAUGAUGCAACUGUACGAGCACUUCGACAUGGAAGGUGAUAUGAUGGAGCUCACGGAAGACUGCUCAAACCUUACAGGUCGCUUCCACAUCACCAACUUCAACUCAUGUAACGUCCUUGAUGGCCACUGGCUGGCCUAUGAGCAGCCCAACUACAGGGGGCGCCACUACUACUUAAGGCCUGGUCAGUACAGGAGCUUUACUGAAUGGAAUGGAAUGAACUCCAGGAUUGGCUCCAUUAGACGUCUCAUUGAUCAGUAA